AUGCUCCUUAAACGUUAUGACCUUACACUAAAAUCAAGUAAAGCUAUGAUUGCCAAAAUAGUCGUUUCUUUCCUUUUUUUCAUUCUAAAAGACAUGAAUAUGAAAUACGAAAUGAAGGGUAGUGUCCAUGGACAUUACUUUGAGAUGAGAGGUGAAGGAAAAGGAAAGCCUUACGAAGGAAUACAGAAAUCCACUUUUUGGAUCACCAAGGGAGGACCCUUUUCAUUUUCCUUUGACAUAUUGUCGUCAGCGUUCAAAUAUGGAAACAGAUGCUUCACUAAGUAUACUGAGGGCAUGCCUGACUAUUUCAAACAAGCAUUUCCUGCUGUAAUAUCAUAUGAAAGAACAUCUACAUUAGAGGAUGAAGGAGUUUCUACAGCCACAGGAAGCGCCUUUUUGGAAGGCAAUCUAUUCACGCACAAAUCCAUGUUUCAUGACGAAAACUUUCCCGCUAACGUACCCUUAAUGGAAAAGAGGACAAUUGACUGGGGCCCUUCCUUUGAGAAAAUGACCGUCUCCAACAACAUAUUGAGAAGUGAUGUGAUUAUGUUCCUACUACUCAAAGGAGGUGGUUAUCACAGGUGCCAGUUUCACAAUUCUUACAAGGGCCUGUUUACAUGGAGGUGGGGGACCCCAUGUAGGUGA